AUGGGCUCCUGCGGCGGCGGCGGGGCGGGAGGUGGCUGCCAGUCGGAGUGCUUCCGCGACCGGGAGGGGGACGAGGAGGAUUCUUUGAGGACGGAGGAUCUGAAGCGCUGCUCCGGCUCCUGCUCCGGCGACCAGUCUCCGGCGAACGAUGGGCGUGGUCUCUGUAACAAGUGCCGGGAGAUCGCUGCAGUGUACAACAAUCUUUGCGGGGCCUGCUUCCGCUUCUCCUUGUAUGGAAAAUUCAAGGUCGCUGUUACGUCGAACGGGAUGAUCUCUCCGACGGACAAGGUCCUUGUCGCCCUCUCCGGUGGCCCCGCCUCCAGGUUCUAGAUUUUUUCUUCCCGCAUCGUAUUCCACCCUUUCCUGCCCCCUCCGCCAAUUCUGUGUCGCCUAGUCCAGAAUUUUGACUCCGUUGGUAUAUACAUCCACGUAACUGGCUAGCAGUGACUCACUCCCUUCGAUUAAAUAGACUAUGCGACCGCAUGUUUGGGCCGGGAAGACUAGCCUUCAGUUUGUUUCUGAAGACAUCGGUUUUUUUUGUGUGUUCGAGGGAAUUUUCUUCCUCAUACACUAUGAUCGAAGCAUGCGUGUAUCCGGUUAAGUGGAUGUAUAGAUCAGGAUUGCAUAUCGCGUGGGAGAGCAUGUUUUAUUGUAGCCCAGGGCUGCCGAUUGACUUUCUCUUUUCGAGUUGAUGACGGGCUAAUGCUUCGUUGUCAAAGGCAAGGACGGGCCAGUAGAUUGAUGACUCUAACAAGGGUGAAGAUUAACAUCGAGGCUCAUCAUUUCAAUAUUACAAAUUGUUAUGUUUCAGGCAGUUUUAUGUUUUGCCUUGCUUCCUUUUCUCCUUUUUAGGAGUAACUUAUGACCUACAGAUUUCAUGUUGAAGUGAUGAGACUUAUGGCCACAUGCUUCCUCUUAUGGUUGAACAGUUAACAUGCUCUAGACUGAAAGUUAGAUCAUAUGAUAACGACGUGGUACUGAAAUUUCGCUGAGCACCUCAUGCCACCAGCUCGUUAGUACCAGUGUUACAUUGCUUUUGACAGGUUUGCAAUGUUUUUUAACUGUAAUGAGUGACAGGUCUGCAGCAUACGAUUUUGACGUGGGAACCUUGUGACGUGAAUAAAACUCUCCGAAGUGAAUCUUGUAGGUUAGUCUAUACCAUCCAUCGUGUAGCUCAAGUAAUAUGAAGAAAGAUAUUUUGCCUAAGAUAGUGAGAGAUGUCGGACAUAAUGCCUAAGGCAUAAUGUAGACUUCUAUGGUAGGAGAUAUGGGAAGAAAGGAAGCAGUUGAGAAAAUUAUGUUAGAAGGAAUAUAUUAAUGAGAUGACGACCUAUAUUCUAACCUGUUGACAGCUCAAAACUCCUCUUGCUUAUUUGUCGUUGAUCGGCUGUAGUCCAUUUCUCGCAUUGUGGCGCUGGUGUGCUGUAAUUGUUUUAGGUUUGGGUUUAAUGAAUUUUGCACUUCAGUAGAUCAUUUGUACGUGCUGCACAUCUUCAUUAUUAUAUGACUAUUCUAUCUAGUUGUAUGAAACUCUCUCUCUCUCUCCUCCCCCCUCUCACAUGUCUGUGUGAACUUGCGUAUCCUAUUUUUAUUUACAGGAUAGCCCUGGAAUUUGCCCAUGAGAUGCAGUUGAAGGCGCAAAAGAGUUGGGAUGCAAGUAAAGAUCAAGCUUUACCAGUUUUCGGUGUUGGGGCUGCCUUUAUCGACGAAAGUAUACCUCUUAGGCCUUCCGAAGUGGUUCAGAAAGCAAUAGAGGAGAUGAGAUUUCGCGUUUCGCAGUUAACACCGCCUCCAAAGGUGUUUCAUGUUGCAUCCAUUGGAAGCCUUCUUUCUGCGGAUACAAAGGAUGGGACUGGAUUAAAUGCUUUGCUUGAGACUAUUAGUGAUGCCACUGGGAAAGAAGAUCUUCUGAGUUAUUUGCGAAUGCUAUCCUUGCAAAAGGUUCGUUAUCUUGCUUCUGUCAACGUGAACUGGGCUUAACAAAUAAUGAUUGAAUUUCUUACAAAAUUAUGCUACUAUUUUGCCUCCAGAUUGCUUUAGAUAAUGGAUAUAGCAAAUUGGUUCUAGGAUCUUGCACGACAACGAUAGCAUGCCACAUACUGUCUGCAACUGUGAAGGUUUGUCAUCGGCAACUGGGUUUAGAAAAUUACACGAAGUUGAUUGAUCUUAUUUAUCAGCGGAGAUCACAUAACAUGAAUUGUUUUCCUAACAAUGAAUGCCCAAUUUUAGGCCGAGACUGCAGAUCUCUGAGCUGAUGCCAUAUCUGAGUGGGCAUUGCGCAUUGCUUCUCUAACAAGUGAUAUACAAAGUGUUACGUUUUUGCAAGAUGUUUGGCCCAUUUAGCUGUAUGAUAGCCUUCCAUUUUACUAAGCGAAAAGUCCCGGAGGAUUUUCUUCUUUCACUUUAUUUACAUGCAGUGCUAUAUAGGUAUAAUUCGUGGUUAAUUUCCCGUUAGCCUUUAUUAUUAUUAUUAUUAUUAUUAUUAUUAUUAUUAAGAUUGAUUUAAGAGCUUUUAAUUGUACUUUGAGAGGGAACUGGGUUAGUGAUCUGUUGCACGGAAGUUUAGAAAAAGACACAAAAUAAAUACCCUUUCAGGUCAGGGAUAUCUGUUUUCAGGGUCCUCACCAUUGGCAGUUUUUUUUUUUUUCCAGGGUCAAGGUUACUCUUUACCCGCAGAUAUACAGUAUGUAGAUGCCAGAUGGGAGAUUCCAGUUGUUCUGCCUCUUCGUAGCUGUCUUGCAGAGGAGCUUUCAAUGCUUUGCCACCUUGAUGGGUAAGUUUGGCUAUAUAUCUAUACAGAAACUCAUUCCAUUCACCUCUUCUCUGUGACGACUAUAUGAUCAACUCCGGUUAAAUCUGCAGCCAUGAGAUUCAUCAAGUUUUCGAUCAACCUUGUUCGGGCAUCAAUAAUUUGGUCUCCUCGUUCAUUGCACGUGUGCAGGUGUGAUGGGUAUUUUUUUCUCUAUGUAUACUUUUUUUUUUGAGACAUAUUCCUGCAAUCAGUCGGACUGAUGUUUGGUAAUGAUAUCUUAUUAUCCAUGAAAUCGAUGAGAUUAUUUGUGGGUUAGCACUGCCGUGCCGUGCCCAUUUUUCUUUGCCUGUGUUCUCUUCUGACAGCCCAUCUCUCUCUCUCUCUCUCUCUCUCUCUCUCUCUAUAUAUAUAUAUAUAUAUAUAUAUAUAUAUCUCUUCCUGGGCCAGCCCAUUGACACCUUUAAUUACAUCGUUUGUCAUAACUUCAGAAUUCUUAGAUUCAUGGCAUUCCUCUCCAUCUAAAAGCCUUACCUUUUUCCUGACGAAUACACAGGAAGAGAACCCUUCUCGUGCCCGGACAAUCCUCAGAACAGCAGAGAAGCUACGCCCAUUCCAUUUCAACAGACUUUCAGAGAAUCUUUCUUAUGAGAUGCUGCCAUCUCGUGUGCGUCGGAAGCUGCAGACUGCCGCAAACGCCGAGUUCACUCCAUCAGAGCUCCUUUGCCCAAUCUGCGGCGGCCCACUCACGGAAUCUGAUGUCACACGCUUGAAAUCCACCGUCAGUAAGUCAUCAAGAAGACAUGAGGCUUUUGCUGCACAUUGCUGCCAGAGUUGCUGCUCUCAGAUCCUUCCAAAGGAGCUGCCUUCCCUCGAACAUUUCUAUUCUCUUUUGCCCGUAGCGAUGAGAGGGAGAGUGAAGGAUGCUGCUUCUCCCGGCAACCAUUGGCUGAGGUGAGUACUUUCUUUGCCAUCUUUGUCUACAACUUGAAGUCAACCCCCCCCCGGGCAAUAUAAGGGGGAGUGAGCUACCCACGUCAGUGGAUCCCACCCGGCAUAUCUUAUUGCUGACUCUGAUUCACUGAUGAACAUGGUCUCCAGCUUGAAGUCAACCCUCCUUCCACUUCCCCUUUAAGUAAACCCACACCAUCUUAUUGUUGAUUCUGAUGCCCAUGUGACAGUUUUGACAAGCUUACUGAGAUCGACGAAACUUGGUCUCCAACUUAAGUCAACUCUCCCCUUUCCAUAAUUCGCCAAUAUGAUGAUCAGAGAACUAACUACCCACGUUGCCAAAUCCCACGUGCAACACCUUUAUCGUUGACUCUGAUUUCCAAUUCCCAUUCUGAUUACCGUAUUGAGAUGCAUUCACACCAUAGCUUCCACAUUUAUGUGGGUCCUCCGAUCUUGCGAAUCUAUCAGUAGAUUCUCCUCUGUUCCUGUGGCUUAUCGGUCAACUCUCCAUCACGAUCACUCUCAGGGACCAAAUAGAAGACUGUUUGCUCUCAUCUGACGAAGAUUAA